CGACAGCACGGGGGAAAGACAUUUAAUUGUUAUUGUUAGCCGCUCUUUAUAAAAAAAAAAAUACCCUGACAUACAGAAGUGCAUUGAACAUUGGUUUUAUUUUUUUAUAUGCGCAAGAUAAAGAAGUUCACGACCACGGAACGGUUUGUGCACGUGUCUCUUUGUCCUGACGGCAGAAAUGAAUGUGUACAGAGCAAAGACAUUAACGGCGUGUGGUGUUAGUUAGCCGUGUGCAGUUUCCUCAGAGAACGGCGGUUAGCGUUAGAGCUGUAUGCCCGUGCUUUAACCAGCUAGUUCACUGUAACGCCGUAGUGACACCGAAUUACAACGCGAAAUGGCGUCGUGGUGAAUUAAAUGUUAUAUUUAGCUGCUCUAUUUUGCUACACACUUGCUUCUGUCACUGGUGUUUAUUCAUUCAGCUAAUAUGUGUAGCUGUUAUGUAGCUAGCUCAAGUUAGCCAGUUAAGCUAAUAUACCCAGCAGAUAAGCCGCACAACAAAUGCCCCUUUCUGGUUUAGUUACUGUACGUUUUGCCCUCAAGCUCGUCUUAUUUGCCUUGGUGUUGCAUGGUUAUGUAUACAGUUGUGUGCUAGCUGCUUGUUCCUCUGGCACUUGUACACUCCAGCUGCCUUAAAGACAUGUGAAAACGUUUGUGUUUAUGUGAAAUCAGCCGGAAACACACGGGAUCAAGCAAACGGAAGUAUGAACGAUGCAGAAACAGCCACUAGGAAGCAUGCAAGUUCCCAAGAGUUGCAAACCCCCAAAAAUGAGGAUGCAUAUGAAAUCUCCAUCCCAUUUGAGGAGAACAACUAUGAACCGCAGGGUGGCUUUUACAACCAGAACGAUCAGAACUUCGACAGUCAAUGUAACGAUCCUCCAGCUCCUGCAAGCUCAUACUUGCUGAUUACGAACCUGCGUACACAGCUGCAGAUUUCUCUGGAAAAGAACUCGUGGCUGCAGAAACGGAUCGAAGACCUGGAAGAGGAGAGAGACUUCCUGCGCUGUCAACUCGACCGCUUCAUAUUCUCCACCAAGAGUCAGGAUAGCAAUGGUAACGAUGCUCGCAGUUUUUCUUGGAGGAGACGACGAGAGAAUGAACGUGAUCAGCAAGCAGAGGUUCAGCGUUCAGCCAGCCGUCAGUCAUUCCCACAACGACCUGCUCAGCAGCCCCCAACUAAUGCCAAGGUCAUGAGCACUAGUUCUGGGCCAAUUAGUGCCCAGAUAAGUUCCAUGUUUGGUCCUUCCCACUCCCAGCCUCUCCUACACAGCCAUGGAGGUGGAAGUAGCAGCAGUAGUACUAAUAACAGAUCUAUGAAUGAUCUACCAGAGUCACUCUCACUUUUGGGAGAUGAUGAAGAAUAUUUGGAGGACAGCUACCUGGAAGAAGACGACCUUAUGUCUGGGGAGGAUGUGAUGCCAGAAAACAUGACUAUAAGGAAUAUGGGUGCUCCUGGGAGGCCCCCUGGGGGCCACCCUGCCCUGAAAAGGAGGAGAGUCUUCAGAAUAGCCAGAGGCCGAGAGAGACAGAGAGUGAAAGAUGCUGCUGGCGUGUUGUUCCGCUAUAAGAAGAUUCUGGUGACGUACCAGCGGCUAAAAAACAUGUCCAAGGCCUUCCAGAUCCAUGGUGUGGACCGUAACACAGUGGCCUCCACCACUCCCAUUGCGGAGCUGCUGCUUGUGGCUCCUGAGAAGCUGGCCGAGGUGGGUGAGUUCGACCCGUCCAAAGAGAAGCUUCUGGACUACGCACGGCGUUGCUACAUCGCUUUGGACCCCCAAACCCGCAGCAAAGUUCAGGCCCUGAAGAAGAACAAUCUGUUACUCCCAAUCUCUUACAGGUUGAAAGGAGCCGAUGGCCGGUAAUUGGACAGGAGCAAGUGAAUUCUGACCUGUUGUAUCAUAGAAUCCCUCACUGUAUUUGAAUGCACCAUAGAGCACAUGUCCACUCUGUCAACCUCCAUCCUGGUGUUGAGAUCAGGUGUACUCUGAAUCAAACCGUACUGUAUUACCUCCGUUCUUCUCCUCGGUGCACACACACACAGCUUAAAAGGGCUGGGCUUCCAGGAAGACUGUUUGGUAGAUACUGUCACUUGUAUAAGGAAGUAUGUAUAUUGUGAAAACUGUUUGUCUUGGGCGUGAGCCCUGUGCCCUCUGUAGUUCUGUGAUGUCCCAUGUACUGAAGUACUGUAUCAGGGGGUUUUCAGCUACAUUCCAGAAGGCCAGUGUGUGUUUCCAUUUGUGUGUGUAUAUGUUUGUGGUACAUGUCCCUCAGCACUUACCUUGUUGCUGAAUUGUUCAGUGCUAGUCUGAGGGGUACACACACCUGUGCUUUUUGUUUUAUACUGUACUAAACUGCACCAGACACUUAAUUUCUUUAGGUCUGUAUGACGUCCUCGAGGCAGAAUCAUUUUUGGGUUUGGUGCAUGUAAAUCCCUGACUCGUGACCUCUCUCAUUUUAGACAUCACUGACUCUUGCGCAUGAGAAAAAAAUGUAUAGUGAAACCUCAGUCAUUAACUGGGAUUACACCUGAGCACCCAGGAAUGAUACAUUUCAUAGUUUUCACAUGAUGUCGCAUUCUUAUAGGAACGCCCACCUGGAGGGCAAAACACGGCUUUCUUCCGCUGCCCGCCAGUUAUUUUCACCAGAUUUGUUUAGCCAAAAUGCCGGAUAGUUGUUCGGUUGGAUGCGCUAGCAGUUUAAACAGUAGGAAUGAUUUACCUGACAUUGAAAAAAAAAAUGUUUUACUUUUUGUUAUAUAUAUAUAUAUAUAUAUAUAUAUAUAUACAUACACACACACAUAUAUAUAUAUAUAUCUAACGUUAGCUAAUUAGCACUCACCUUUGCUCUGACAGUGAAGAAUUUCUUGCCCUUUACAUUGCAAACGGCAGCAUUAUUGACCCAUCCGGAUCGAAAAUACAGAUAACUGUAUGUACUUUUGUACGGUUUCAUCCUGGCGGCAAUGUAAAGGGAUGGAUUCUCCACAAUAUGUAUGUAGACAUCGCCAAAGUGGAGCUCUGGCAGGGACGUCGCCGUAUCAGUGAUUGAAAUCCAUGCGGCGGAUGCUGAUCCGUGUGGAUCGCAAGUGCCCAAAACUUCCAGUUUGUUCAUAUACCUUUUGUUUUUCUUCUUUUGAGAGGUUAUCAAAAUAUUCAUGGCUUGAAACAGAUGGAAAACUGACAGGCCAGUGCUACAGUUGCAUGGAGUGUCCAGUGUUGGCUGCCAUUUUGGAAUGAUGUUUUGCCCUCCAGGUCUCCACACCAGUCACCUGACUGAAAACUACGAAUAGUAUCAUAUAGUUCAGAUGUGUAUGUGUAUAACUCCUGUCUGUUUGCUAUGAGUGUGUAUCUGAAUGACUUGCUGAGUGUGUGUCAGAAUUGUGUGUAUAUGGUUUUAUAGCAUAAUACUCGCGACUAGGGAUGCACCGAUACCGAUACCAGUACUCGGGUGUCGGCCCGAUACUGUGCACAUGUACUCGUACUUGUAAAACCGUACCGGUACCACUUUGACAAUGUGACAUAGCCUAACCUCUUGUCAGUUGAGCAGGUAGUCGGAAGAGGAGAAAUGUCAGCAAUUUGGAGAUAUUUUAAGAUAAGUGAUGAUAAAAAUAGAGCACACUGCAAACUAUGCUCUGCUAAACUGUCAAGAGGAGGAGAAAAAAUAGCUCAUUUAACACAAGCAAUUUGAUUAAACAUCUAAAGAACAAACAUAACACAGAGUGCAAAGAGUUUGCUAAUGCUGGCAGCGGGAAACAGCAACAACCAGCUUUGCAGCAAACGCUGGAGUAGCGAGAGAAAAUGCCCAGAGACAACCCACGGGCAGUAAAACUAACAGAAGUUCUUACCCAGUUCAUUGCUCUUGAUGACCAACCGUUGUCAUUUGUAGAUAAUACAGCAUUUCGUUAACUUCUUGGUGUAUUUGAGCCGAAGUAUGAGAUUCCCAGCUUGUCACUACAUUACAGAUUACCAAAGCUGCAUUAUCAAAGCUGCAUGACUUCACCACUGAUAUUUGGACUAGCAGUGUCAGCCCAAUGUCUCUUAUAAGUUUAACAGCACAGUGGAUUGAUGAAGAUUUUAUUCCCCAGAGAGUCAUUUUUCAAGCAACGCAGUUUAGGGGUUCGCACACUGGCCAAGCCGUAGCAGGUGUGUUUAAUGACAUGCUUCAGACGUGGGGCAUUCCGAAAAGUGUGAAGUACUCGUAUCGGUACUUGGUAUGGGCAAGUACCCAAAUGUAAGUACUUGUACUUGUACUUGUGGUAUCGGUGCAUCCCUACUCACGACUGCUCGGAUUUCCCAUAGUUCUGGGGAAAGACGGUAGAUUGCAGAAGCAGCAUUCAUCACCUCGCAAACAUCCCCCUCAUUAUUAAAUAGUGUAUUCAUACCUCUGGUGUCAUCUUGAUGUUCAUUACCAUUGAUUACGGGUUGGGGCUGCUGCACAUUUCAGUUAUGCCUCAGGAACCAAUCAAUUUCUGUAGACGUUUUAAAAUGUAGAAGGAUAGUCUAGUUAUUCUGUGAAGGUUGAUGUCUGUAGUGAUGCACUCGAUUUGCUUCUUUUUUCUUUUUCUUUUUUUCUUUUUUUCUUUUUUUUUGUAAAGCAAAAUGUUCUAUGUUUUAUCAUGAGCCAAGAAACAGUUUAUUCAAUGCUGGUUUUGUCAUGCUGAAACAGAAACAAAAGAAAUGUCCUGUUGAAUUGUCUGAUUAUAAAUGACACUAAAGUGAUUUCUUACUGAA